GAUUACUUGGUGCAAAAAAAAAAAAAUUCCUUUUAAUAAAAGAGAGAUUCCGGCUAACGGAAAAUUGACGAAGUGCUCGCUGCUCGCAAGGCAAAUUUUAUCUCUGCUCGUGCUCGCAAAAAUUAACGCACUGCUCGCAGGCUCGCAAAUUCUCGCAAAGACCAGGGCACUACGCACGCCAUCCAUUGGAACCUCUUCCCCAGGCCCUCUCGUUGGUACCGUUGCGUAUUCACAUUUUAUGGUCCAGCGGUUUUCCGUGGAAAAGUGAAAAAAGAUGGCGAAGCUGCGUAACGUUUUGUGUGGUUUGCUCCAAUCAAGACGGUAUUACGCUCGGUUGUCAGAAAUUGGACGUUUUCAAGACCCAAAAACAGGCGGAAAAUAUGAACCAGGACAGCUUUUUCUUCACAGAAUAUUUGGUUACAGAGGAGUGAUUCUUUUUACUUGGACAGCAAGAGUGUAUGAUAGAGACAAAGAAACAAGAGAGAAUGAAAAAUCCUUUGACGAGAAUGGAUCAUACAAUCCUGGGAAGGAGAUAAAGGCAGAAACACAGACAUAUUAUCAGGGCCUGAUUGACAACAGAGAUUCUCCAUUCGUUAGAGCUCAACCAGAGAUUGUGACGUUCCUUGGAUAUGAAAGUGACAAUGCACUUUACUCUAUACCAGGGCUGGAUUACAUCUCCCAGGAGGACGUCCUUCCUUACAUGGUUUCCGAUGCAUUUUCACGUCCAAUCCAUCAUGAACUGUUUGAUCGAUUCUUGUAUCCUGAACCUGGAAGAGUGCCAUCUUUCGCCCCUCGAGAAGCUCUACAAUCUUGGCAGGAGAAGAACCAUAAGUGGUUAGAACUGACAGAUGUACACAGAGAAACUACUAACAAUAUAAGGAUUACUGUUAUGCCAUUCUACAUGGGAGUAAAGAACACCCUUCCAACACAAGACUAUUGGUGGCGUUACUGCAUCAGAAUUGAAAAUCUCGGUCAGGAGACAGUGCAGCUUCGUGAGAGACACUGGAGAAUAUUCAGCCUGUCAGGCACAUUAGAGACUGUCAGAGGGAGGGGUGUGGCUGGACAGGAACCUAUUCUAUCACCACAACAACCCGCUUUCCAGUACAGCAGCCACCUUUCAUUACAAGCGCCCAGUGGAAACAUGUGGGGUAAAUAUCGAUUCGAACGAUCUGAUGGCAGUACAUUCGAAACACCAAUCCCUCCAUUUGCACUGGACAGCAGAGAGGAAGAUACGCCAGAUUCUUCAGGAAAGACUUAAAAAACAGAUUUGCACCUGAUAUAUAGAUACCUGUUUGUGCGUCUGAUUUUCAAUUGGAACAACAUACACGUACAAUUCCAGCUAGCAGAAGCAUGUACUUCUACAAGCACUAAAUGUGGAAGAAUUUAAAGGCGGAGUGUUCUGUUCGCAGUUAGAAUCUGCAAAUGACAAAGAAUGAACCUGGUUAGAAAUUUCAGCAUUUAGAGACUGUGAAUCUUGUUAGAUAAGAGGCGGUUUAUUUUUUAAGCCUGAAAUCCGUAAAAUGCGAGAUAAAGGCUUAUAUCGACUUUGGUUUAAAUCUGCCAGCGCUCUGUCACGAAUGCCGUUCUCUAAUUGGCUACGUUACUCACUCUCUAUUCUGUUGUAAAUAGUCUGCCCUUGUUAACAAACUGGCGGCGGCCUCUUCGCGUUUGCGAAGUAUCCGUGAAGAGGAUUUAGAUAAAGCUUUGAACGACUAGUAAAUUUAUUCUAAAACAAUUAGAUUAUUCGCUCUCGAU